AUGACAUUUAAUUCGAGUUAUACAAUUCCCACAAGCCUCUCAAUCUCUCCGGUCGAGACCAAUUACAUCAAUGUCUGGAAUCAACAGAUUACACUCGGCCAGACAUCGGUUGACCAGACUAGCUCGGUUCAGGCCGCACCAUUCCCAAUCACGUUUACCCCGACGAUCGGUGGAACUACACAAGUGACAGGCGGCACAACAAGCAUUAUGCCCGCACAGACAUUCACAUAUGGAAAUCUGACAUACUCUAAGUCAGCUUGGACGGGUGUCUUUGGAGGUACCACAUCAGUCACUAGCGGAACGACCCUCUCCCCGACCACUUCAACAGUCACGCCUCAGCCUUAUCCCACUGAUAUGAGCUCUAAGGAUACUGAGCUUAACACCAAGACUACUACUGUGCAUGCUAGUACGAAGUCUGGCUCUUCAGGACCAAAGGCUACUUCAUCAUCCGAGCACGUCGGUUCUCAUUGCAAGAUUUUCUGUUUUGGGUGUGCAAUUUGCCCCCCAGGCUAUGCCUCAUCAGAGGCUAGCAGUGGCGGUGGCUCGUCAGGAAGUGGUAGCUCAGAUGAUGAUGAUGAUGAUGAUGAUGAUGACGACACAACCACAACAAAUUCCGAAAUAAGCUCCUCCACAUCUUCCGGUGAAACAUACAUCACUGCAGCAGGUGCAGCCAAGACUGUCAUUGCAGAUACCUUCCCCACAACAACCGACCCAGCAGCAACUGUCGAGGCAGUCGCUUCAAGAAUAAAGUCACUACUCUCAGCGAACUACGCAGAUGUGCAAUCAUCACUGACAGCCGGUGUCUAUGCCUCCGUCUACUCAACUGCUGCACCUAUUUGCGAGACCAUAACGUCUAUAGAAGAUAUCACCUCAUCAAUAGGUCGUUUCGAUCUUGCGGCUGACUACAAAGUUAAUUAUGGAGGUCUGUCCCCUGAACAACAUACCUAUUACGACCUCAAUUAUUUCUCAUCCGGCGUUACAGAGGAGCAUCCUUGUCCAGCUUCGUACCGCGAUAGAAUAGGAUCCGUGUCACCAACACCGGCUAUAUGGUCUGCUGUCCCGGAAUAUGUAACGUGGGAUUAUGCUACAUGGACCGUUGGCAAGUCGACAUGGACUGAUUGUAUCUAUACCAACACUGCGGCUCCCAGCUAUGGUGAUGGAGCAGGAACAACUACGGUCCUCCCGCUGGUCUCGUGUCCUGUUUCAGCAUCGACUACCUCGGUCCAUACUAUCACCACAACUGAAACCUCAACAUAUACGUCUUAUUGA